CAAAUCAGCUCAGCCGAGGUUACAUCUCGGUUUUCUGCAAAAGAUGACUUGCAGCUGGACCGCUCCUUGUACAUGACCCAGUUGCAGUCGAAUCUUAAAGCUCGAGUUUACAGCAGCAUAUCGGAUUGUCGAAAUGAGCUCUUCACAGCUUCUCAACCGUUUCCCUUGGGCGAAGAGUCCCCUCAUCAGCAAUGCGCCCAUGCUCGGCAUUGCUACGCCUCUCAUGGCGGUGGAGGUCACAAAAGCUGGCGGCCUUGGAUUCCUCCCCUCGUUGGCAUACAUUGAACCAAACUCGGAGCACAUCAAUAGACUUAUUGGCCACUUUGAUGAAGUCCGGGAACUUCUGGGAGUCGACCAGCCUUUUGAUGGGCCACUCCGUGUCGGGGCUAGCUUCAUAACAAGUCAUAGCUCCUUGAGCUACUUUGAGGAGACGGCUCUGCCUCUUAUAGCCAAGUAUCGUCCUGCUGCAAUAUGGUUGUUUGCCCCAGAUGGAGACCUUAGGCCUCAUAGCAAGAUAAUCCCUAGCCUAAAGGCUCUGAGUCAUCCUCCGAUUGUGUUUGUCCAGGUUGGAAAUGUUGCUGCAGCGCGAGAGGCAGUCCAAGACGGUGCCGAUGUACUCGUGACUCAGGGUGUAGAUGCUGGAGGCCACCAGUUUCGUCAAGGAUCCGGCAUUGUGAGCCUGGUUCCUGAAGUCAGAGAUAUGCUGGAUAGAGAGUUUCCUGGCAGACCAAUAAGCAUCGUGGCUGCAGGAGGUAUUGCUGAUGGGCGGGGUGUUGCUGGAGCAUUGGCUCUGGGUGCCGAGGGUGUUGUUAUGGGGACAAAAUUCACUAUUGCGCCCGAAUCAAACUAUCCCGAGAUACGAAAGAGGAAAGUCCUUGAGGCUGUGGAUGGUGGCGUGUCAACUUUCAAGUCCACGUUCCAUGACAGGAUAGUCAACAGUCCUCUUUGGGGGCCCCUCUACGACGGACGUGCCAUCGUUGGCCCUAUCCAUGAGAGGUUCCUCGCGGGAGCAAGCUUGGAAGAAUGUCAACGGAGGCUCAAAGAGGACUACUCAGAGGAGGAGGCUCGCUAUCUCGUUAAUACCUGGGCGUGAGUAGUCCGUGUCUUGUAAAUUAUGUUUAAACUAACAUGAGCAGGGGAACUGGCGUCGGGCUUAUCAAUAAGGUCCAGCCUACGGGUGAGAUUGUUCGUGAAGUACGUGAACAGGCUCGGUGUGAGCUUCAAAGAGCGACCGGUCUCGUUUAGUACAUGGACUCAGAAUGAGACAUUUUCCGCUGAGCUAUCUGGACAAUUGAGGACAUAUAUACGGGCUGUCUCACAGUAUAAAAUGAUAGAUUGACCUUGACGCAAAUACUCCUCUAUACGUUCGCAUCCGGGUGGUACGGAGCGAUUAGUGACAAGCAAGUUGAUAUCAUACAAAAAUAAACAAAAAUGCUAUCCAGACGUCAGAAAAGCACGCC